UUCAUCUGUAGUAAUUUCAGAGGUCGCAGAUAAAAAUGUUUGAUUCAGCAUCGAAGUAGUCAUGCAGAAGAAAAACAGAGAGAUUUAGAGAAGAAACUUUCGGAGGAUUUUUUUCGCAAUUAUAAUAUACUUAUUAUUUUAGUAAGUUUUUUUUCAAGACGAAUUUGUUACAUGGUGAUAUGUAUCCUAUCAACAUAUUACUUUUUCUCUUAGUUUAAAGUGGAUACAAUCUAAAAUGGGUUGUUUAUUAUUUCCUUUCAUUCCACUAUUAGACAGGAAAUGACAAAAAUAAAAUGUUUUGUCUUCGCACUAUCACCAUGUUUGAUUUUGACUUAGUUAUGUUUUUUCCAUGAACAUGAUAUGGUAAUACAUAUAAUUUAAGUUCAAUUUAUUAAGUUUAAAAUGAGAAGUUGAUUUUACUUACCGCAGAUUGACAGUAAAAACGCUAAAAUAUUGCAAACCAUUUACCAAAUGAUAUACAUAUACUAUAAAAACUAUACUUAUUUAGCUAUUUUUAUAUAUUAUAGUUAAGAUGUAGAAUUUGACGUCAUGAGACACUGAAAUAAUAUCUAUUGACUAAGAGCAAGUAAAUGACGUCAACAGGGGUUUCCACAAAUUUUACUAUUGUGGUCAUUAUAUUGGUUCAGUUAAUAUUCUAUUUCUAGAUUAAUACACUAUAUCAGAAUAAUUAGGAAUAUAUAAUUUACAAAGUUAUAAUUAAAUAUUUUAUAUUAAUGCAUGCAUACAAAUACAUAUGUAAUUUGUAUUACUAAAUGCCAGUCACAAUAUGAUAGAUUUACUUUGAAAGAGUAUAUAACAUCUGUUGCAAGAUUAGACUGAUAAAGGGAUUGCAGGCUGUGAAUUUUUAUCACUCCUUCAGAAUCUGGAUCCAAAAACGUCUGGCCAUAUUUUUUUAUAAACCCAGCUUGAAAAAAAAACUAAAAUAUAAUUUGUUUAAAAAGACUUUUUGCAUCAUCUAAGGUCAAUACAGCAAUAUGUUUUUAAAUAUAGCUGGCUUUUAAUUAUUUUACAAUUUAUUUUCUGCAAAAGUAUCGUAUAUACACAUUACCAAACUUAAAAUAAUGUUUACAUGAAUUUUCUACAUUUUUAUAUAUAUACAUGUACACACAUACAUAUGGUACAUACAUACAUAAUCAUUAUAACGCUGAAAAGAACUCAUAAGAAUGUGAGGCAGCUUUUUGUGCCUGAAAAUGUUACUUUUCUUUAUUUACAAAUUGGAAUUUAGAAUCAGUAAGGCGAUAUUGUUUCGUUAUCAGAUCACUUUUCUUAUUUUUGUUGACGUAUGUCUUCCGAUGUUCUUCGUAGUCAUCCUUUUAAGAACAAAUGAAAUAUUUCCAGAGUUAUUUGUAUACUCAUAACUCAAUUCGAAGAGUUUACGCGCUCAUGCGAAUCGUAUAGUUGGAAAAUAAUUAAACUUUGCACAUGUUUGUAUUAUAAUAUCCAUUCUUUUUAAUAACCGGUUAUUACAGAUGCUUGAUGAGAUGUUUUUAAAUUAAAUAAGGUAUACAUAUAAUUAUGUAAAAUUGCUUCUAUAGUUUUGUUGAUCACUUCAACUACAUAUUUGUACAAAAUCGUUUAAUUUAGAUUGGUAUUGUUCGUACUAUGUUUCAUUUUGCGUACUAUGUAUCAUUUUGCAUUUUUUCAGGUAAAAUAUAUGUACAAAAUAAUUACAUAAGUAAUAAAAAUUCUAAAAUUGGGAUCAAAUGUGUUUUAAUUAGCAGCAUUGAAAGAAGUUUUGUAGAACAUAUACAAAUAUGUAUUUGGUAAAAAAGUUAGUUAUGUAAGUAUUGCUUGUAUUUCCCCACAUUCCUUAUUUUAAAUUUUAUGAAAAAAUAGAAAUUUGCUGAACCAUUCAUUUUAAAAUGCGUCAAGAAAGUUAAUUACUGCAGGAGGGAGUUCGUGUUUCGAUACUACUCGUAAUUGUAAAUAAUUCUACCAAACUCUCUUCAUAACAGUAUACAAAUAUAUUUAGAUUCUAUUAACUUGUUAACUAAUAAGUCUUAUAAUUUUUUUUUAUAAAAUUUCAAAAAGUAAAUAGUGUUUAUGAAGAUUUAUGACUUUUUAACGUAUAGUAAGUAAUAUUAUUAGUGACAGUUAAAACUUCCUGUAAAUUUCGAUCAUUUGCUUAUUAUAACAUAAAGCAAAAAUAACAUUUACUGUAAUUGUAAUAUAAAUUUUCAAAUAAGGGAGUAAAUUGAAGCAAUAUUUGUAUAUAUUGUUAAAAUUUUUGUUUUUUUCCUGACUUAUGACAGAGAUAAUAAUUGUAGAAAUGCAGUUCAGAUAAAUAAGUAUUUGUUUUCGCGCCACUCUACUGCAUAUAUAAUUUACCUUAUUGUCCAGCAGCUUGAAUAUCUUCAUUCAAACAAUUCCUUGGAGUAAAGUAAAAUUUAACUUUUAAUAUACAAUUAUCAAAUACCGGCGUAUUGUACACAAUGCGGCAGCAACAAUUUUCUCGAAUCGUACUCAAACGUCAAACGCGAGAAAAUUUAGCAGAAUUUACCUGGUUUACUCUCUAAGCCGACGAUAUGAGGAAUAACGAUAAUUAUAUAUCAAGGACGCCAUGGAGAAAUAUACAGGCCACUCAAAUAAAAUCUCCGCUGUUGGUGAAUAAAGCCAAUACGAGGUUUUUUAAUAUGUUUUAAUAAAUACACAAUACGUAUCUAUAUACAUAUGUACAUAUGUAUGUAUGUAGUAAUUUGAUAAUGUUGUUUAAUUUUUGACAACUUCAUUUGGUGAAUUGAGUUUGAAUGAAAAAUGAACGCAUAUCUGAACUUUUUAUAUCAUGCCAUAAAAACCAUAUAAUUUGGUAGUUCCAAAUUUGAAAAAUUAAACACAAAAUUUCAUUUGAAUUAGAAAAUAAUAAUAAAAAAAUUGUUCUGUAUAGCUGCUGCAAAAAAUACGCCAAUAUUUGGGUAAUAUUAAUACUAGCCAUUAUUGGCAUUUCAUUGGGUUUGGCUCUUGGAUUAAGAAGUAAACAUAAUGGGACAGUAAAACUUGGUUAUGGUGUAAUUGUUUCAAACGGUGAUGGAUGUGCCGAGCAAAAUAUUAAGCAAAGGUGGCUCGGCGGUGGAUGCGGCGAUUGCUACAUUACUAUGUGAGGGCGUGAUGCUGCCUCAUAGCAUGGGGGUUGGCGGUGGGUUUGUGGCUACAAUUUACUGCAAGGAAACAGGAAAAAUUGAAACACUAAUAGCACGGGAAACCGCGCCAGCUGCUUCUGAUGAGAAAAUGUUUAUUAAUAAGAAAAUUACAGGCGCUCUUGCUGUUGCUAUACCCAGUGAAAUAUAUGGAUAUUGGUGUUUGCAUGCAAAAUAUGGGAAAUUGCCUUGGAAGGUUUUAUUCGAACCCACAAUUGAGCUAUGCUUUAAGGGAAUUAAAGUUUCAAAGUAUUUGGCGGAUAUAUUAAAACUAUAUUGCGAUCGCAUACGUAGUGAACCCUCAAUGGUCGAGAUUUUUAUUAAUCCAAAUACUGAUGAGCUGUACAAAGAAGGGGAAAUAAUGUAUCGCCCAAAAUUAGGUGAAACUUUGAAAAUAGUAGCUGAAGAAGGACCAGGGGUUAUUUAUAAUGGUGGAAGAGUUGGCAAAAAACUGGUUCAGGAUAUACAAGAAAUGGGUGGAAUUGUUACAGAGUCAGAUUUACGAAAUUAUGAAGUACGUUGGGAAGAUACAGUUAAGGUGCAAUUUAAGCAUGGUUAUACAUUACAUACCACCCCAUUGCCAACUAGUGGUGUUGUGCUGGCUUUUAUACUAAAUGUAAUGGAGCCAAUGUACACAAAAAAUGAAUCGGUAUUUUGGCAUCGAAUGAUUGAAACUUUCAAACACGCAUAUGGACAUCGAACCCUACUUGGCGAUAUUCACUUUGAACCGCAUGUUUCUGAAACCUAUGAAAAUAUGCUUGACCCAAGUUUUGCUGCCAAGUCUCGAGAGCUUAUCUUGGACGAUCACACAUACAUUGAUUUCGCUCACUACGGUGCUAAUUUUACAAAUGAGGAGGAUAGGGGAACAGCCAACAUUGCUAUAUUAGCACCAAAUGGAGACGCUAUCGCAGUAACAAGUACAGUAAACAGCCAUUUUGGUUCGAAAGUUCGCUCCCGUCAAACUGGAAUUAUACUCAAUGACGAAAUGGAUGAUUUUUCGACUCCCGGCGUUAUAAAUGCUUAUGGUAUACCAUCUUCACCUUCCAAUUACAUAAAACCUGGCAAGCGUCCUUUAAGUUCAACAUGUCCCAGCAUAGUGCUUGAUCACAAUGGAAAUGUCAAGUUAAUGGUAGGAGGUGCGGGGGGAUCGCGAAUCACUACCUCUGUUGCUCAAGUUAUAAUCCGGUAUUUGAUGCUAAAUCAUACAUUACAAGAAUCACUUGACGCUGGACGUGUACAUCAUCAGCUGGCACCUAUGCAAGUAGACGUAGAACCAGAGGUACCAGAACAUGUGAACAAUUAUUUGUUAAAAGUGGGUCACGAUAUCAAUUAUUUGGGUGGAGAUAAAGCAUAUUCAGCGCUAACUGCAAUUGGCCUAAAAACAGAGAUGCCUCAAGCCGCAUGUGAUCGCCGUCGUCUAGGCAGCUGGAAAAUAAUUUUUCCAGAUGUUUAGUGUGUAAAAAAUCACCGUCUAAACAAGAUAUUAAUUAACUUUGAACUAACUUUUAUAGAACGUAAAACUAGAUAUUUCACGUGGCUUGAUCUCAGCAAAUCAGUACUACUGCAGACUUCU